AUGGCGACCUCACCCAUCAUCACCUUCAAGGCUGGCCGAUGCGAGUUCAGCGGCCGCAAAGUAAAGCCAGUCGAAACGCCCGGAUACAUCUACCUCUACUCAGAUGAUGACUUGCUGCACUUCUGUUGGCGCCGACGCUCCGCACCAUCCACCGAGCCCGAGAUCGACCUCAUCAUGUUUCCUCAGGACGGGCAUUUCCAUCCAUACCUGAAAGAGGAAGGGGCCGAAGAGCUGCAUUCUCCGACAAACGGCCGCAUCUUCGUCCUCAAGUUCACAUCGAGCAGUCAAAAGUACUAUUUCUGGAUGCAAAGCAAGACUCAGUCACGGACUGGAGAGCUGAGCUGGUUUGGACAGCGGGAUCAGAGGCUCGGCCAGAUCGUGGAUCAGCUAUUGCAGGGCGAGGAUGUUGACGUUGCUGGCGAGGUCGAGGACAUUCGGAACGGUGGCGGUGACUCAGGCCCUGACGGUGAUGCUGAUGCCAUGGAGGUCGAUGGUGGCGUCUCUUUGCAGCGUCGAGAGACUGGGGAUGCUGGCCAAGAUGCUACGGGAGGCGAUCCUCGAGAGGAAGGCGAGGCAAGCAGAGAGGGUGGAGCAGAUGGAGGCAGAGCGUAAGUCACGGUGCUUAAUCGUUACAAAGGCGUGGAGCUGUGGCGUCGACUGGGAAAGCGGGCAGGCUAGCAAGAGAGCGGCCUCUGUGGACAGACCACCUGGCGACAGGCGUUUUGGGAUUGGGUGUACGCGAGCUCUGAAAUCAUGUUGCUACGCUCGAGUAUUCUAUUGCUUUUCCCAGCUCGUGCGCUUGCUUGCUUUGCUUUCCAGUCCGCCGCGCUCUACAUACCCGUUGUGCUUGCUGACCGUGUACCACCAAGUAGUGCCGGAUCAUCCUCUUCAGCACCACAGGACACCAACGCCAUCGUACAAGACUUCCUCAAUUCGCUCAAGGGCGGCCGCAGCGGAGGCGAUCAGCAACAACAAGACAAGCCCUUCACAACACUGCCGGACCUACUGCCCUCUUCUACUACGACGGCAUACGUUUCCAACGCAUCGCCUAAGCAGAUCGAUCAUCUAUGCACGCUCCUCCCUCCGGAGCUCUUUCUUCUUGCCCAGGAGUCCGCAUCAUCAGACACUGCCGCCGAGGCGACGCCGGCAACUGCGCAAGCGGCUAUCGAAACGCUGUCACAAGGCCAGAAGAAGGAGAUCCUCAACAGGGUCCUUCGCUCUCCACAGCUACAGCAGAGCUUGGGCUCGCUGACUGUUGCCCUGCGAGACGGUGGUCUACCCAUGAUUGGCGAAGCAUUAGGUCUCCAGGUCGAGAACGGCGGUGUCAUCAAGCACGGCAGUGUUCCUCUGGGAGGCGGCGAUGCUGUCGAGGCAUUCGUCAAGGGUGUUAAGAAGACGGUAGAGAAGGACGAGAAGUAG